AUGGAAGACUAUCAAAAUUAUUCUGAGAAAAUUCAUUUACUCCCCCCCUUCCGUGAGCGAACAAAACCAUUAGAAAAAUCCUUAUUUUUUGCUAAAAAACCCAUCCUCAGUGAGCCAAUAAAAUGUUUUUAAUAGAAAAAUUUUUUAUAUGAAAAAAAUUGAUAUAUAAGUGUUAACUAGUAUCAUGAAAUCUCGAGCUAAUUCUGUUAAUUUUAAACAAAUUGCGUUCUAAAACAUAAAUUUUACAAAUUAAAUUAAUAUUUGCCUACAAUUUUCGAAAACGGGAUUUUUUUAAAUUCCGAAAAAAAUUUUUUUCUUUAAAGUUUAUGUAUAAAUUUUUUAAAAAAAAUUAACUCCCCUCCCUCCGUGAACAAAAUAUUUUUGUUCGCUUACGGAGGGGGGGAGUUAGAAUCCAGUUCCAACAUAGGAUUUUCUCCUAGAUCUGAUUUGGUAUGGCACAGUGAUCAAUCGUCAAUUCCAUAUAUUGACCAAAAAACAGCAGCUUUACAAGAAGAAUUAGAGGUCUAUAGAGAGCAAGUUAAAAAGCUCCAGUCAGAUUUGCAAGUCAGCAAAGAAACUCAACUCGAGCAGCUUCAAGAAGAACUUAAAAAUUGCACACAAAAAGCUAAUGAUACAAUUUUAAACCUUGCAAUGGAAAAAACCCAGCUCCACCAGCAAAAUAAAAGACUUCAAGAAGCUGUAGACAGACUGGCACAAGAAGUUAUUGAAAACCGUAAUGAAAAAAACAAAAUCCAAGAUCUUGAGAAAGAAAAUACAAAGUUAUCUGAAAAAAUUUACUCGUUGGAGCAAGAAAUCUCUAGAAUCAACAUUGAAAAGCUUCAAAUUUUAUCACAAAAUGAAGAAUUAAGAAAUUCCUAUAAAUCUUUAAGAUCAAAAGUGAUUACAUAUGCCACUCAAGAAUUUUAA